GGUAAAGCGGCACCUACCUUACAGUCGGUGCUAUUUCAGGAAUAUUUGAUGUUUUUUUUACCUGGAUUUUCUGUUUGCACAUGCACAAAGUUACUUUAAGAUGUUUUUCUUGUUCGUGUUUUUUUUUGUUUGUUGCGGUUGCACCCGAUUCAAGAGCCGAAUGGCUCACAGGGGCUAUACCAAAAUAAAUGAAACAAAACAAAAAACUAAAAAAGCAGUCGCGUGAUGUUUGUCCUCAACGAUGGCCAGACGUCUUGGAGGAGGUGGGAAUAACCCACACACACUUUACGCCUCCUGUUAACUAACUGUGGUGUAUCGAUCUUGAUUUGAAGCUUUCGUGACGGCAGGAAUGCAUACUCUUUGGUUCUUUCGGUAAAGAUCAACGUAGGUAGAUAAAAUAAUAGGUGACGACGUUUCGAUCGCAACGACAAGCAAUCGUCAUCAGGUGGAACAACCACAGCAAAAAAAAAACCUCUUGAAGUUGCCUUUCUUGCUACGUAACUGGUAUAUCUACUGGUAUAGCUACCUACAUAACAGGUAUGUCUACUGGUAUAUCUACCUACGUAACAGGUAUAUCUACUGGUAUAUCUACCUACGUAACAGGUAUAUCUACUGGUAUAUCUACCUACGUAACAGGUAUAUCUACUGGUAUAUCUACCUACGUAACAGGUAUAUCUACUGGUAUAUCUACAUACGUAACAGGUAUAUCUACUGGUAUAUCUACCUACGUAACUGGUAUAUCUACCUACGUAACUGGUAUAUCUACUGGUAUAUCUACCUACGUAACAGGUAUAUCUACUGGUAUAUCUACCUACGUAACAGGUAUAUCUACUGGUAUAUCUACCUACGUAACAGGUAUAUCUACUGGUAUAUCUACCUACGUAACAGGUAUAUCUACUGGUAUAUCUGCCUACGUAACAGGUAUAUCUACUGGUAUAUCUACCUACGUAACAGGUAUAUCUACCUACGUAACAGGUAUAUCUACUGGUAUAUCUGCCUACGUAACUGGUAUAUCUACUGGUAUAUCUACCUACGUAACAUGUAUAUCUAUUGGUAUAUCUACUGGUAUAUCUACCUACGUAACUGGUAUAUCUACUGGUAUAUCUACUAGUAUAUCUACCUAUGUAACAGGUAUAUCUGCUGGUAUAUCUACCUACGUAACAGGUAUAUCUACUGGUAUAUCUACCUACGUAACAGGUAUAUCUACUGGUAUAUCUACCUACGUAACUGGUAUAUCUACUGGUAUAUCUACUAGUAUAUCUACCUAUGUAACAGGUAUAUCUGAUGGUAUAUCUACCUACGUAACAGGUAUAUCUACUGGUAUAUCUACCUACGUAACAGGUAUAUCUACUGGUAUAUCUACCUACGUAACAGGUAUAUCUACUGGUAUAUCUACCUACGUAACAGGUAUAUCUACUGGUAUAUCUACCUACGUAACUGGUAUAUCUAUUGGUAUAUCUACUGGUAUAUCUACUGGUAUAUCUACCUACGUAACUGGUAUAUCUACUGGUAUUUCUACCUACGUAACAGGUAUAUCUACUGGUAUAUCUACCUACGUAACUGGUAUAUCUACUGGUAUAUCUGCCUACGUAACUGGUAUAUAUACUGGUAUAUCUACCUACGUAACAGGUAUAUCUACUGGUAUAUCUACCUACGUAACAGGUACAGUAUAUUCAUUUCUACUGUUGGGUGGACAGAGGUGGGCAUUUAAUAACCUUGCGCAACCUAAAUUAGCGCGCCGAGGUCGAAUUUAACUGGCGAGCUCUGGACUGAAAGUCCCUUCGUGAUUUUAUUUAUAAGUCACUGGACUUACAAUCUUAACACCACAGCAACAUCAUCAUUUUUGCAAGUCUUUUACUGAAAUUUGUGGUACACAGCUAGCACAGCCACUCCUGGGACUCGCAUCUUCGCCAAUCCCCAAAUGACAUGCGUGGCCAAGUCUGGUGAAACAAUUGGGACGUCUGUGAAAAAGAGCUUUACAGCUCAUGGGAUUUCUCCACGGCUUGGUGCGGGCCUUGAUUCGGCGCAUUGCAUAUAUUUUUUAUCGGUCCCAUUGAUUUUCGAAACAACUUUACCACGCACAAACAGUUGAGUUGGCAAAGUAGUCAUAUUUAAUGUAUGAGUUGAACAACGUGGGUUCGUUUAAUAUUUGAGCACAUGUCCUUGCUUCU